AUGCUGUCGCUGGAAGACAUCUGUAAAGUCUGCGGGGAUCGGGCGAGUGGUGAGUUCAUAUGGCAAUUGGUCAAAAAGUUGAUAGGGAGGCAUUACGGUGUCAGAAGUUGUGAUGGAUGUAGAGGAUUCUUCAAACGUUCUAUCAGAAGGAACCUCAGAUACGAGUGUAAAGAGAAAGGACAAUGCGUCGUUGAUGUUGCUCGCCGUAAUCAGUGCCAAUCAUGCCGAUUCAAGAAGUGUCUAGAUGUUUGCAUGAACAAAAACGGUUGGUUUAGAGAAAGUAGUAUAUGUUUGGACCUCUGAUUCUUUGGGGUUAUGGUAUUUACUCAGCUUCCAAUGGGCUUUCCCACGACCAAGCGAAGGUUGACAGUGUCUUUUUUCACUCGCUCUAUGAAAUUUUAAUUAUCUCUUUUACGCCCUUUUCAGCGGUUCAAAAUGAGCGUAGCGUUUUCCCAAGGUCUCAAAGCUCGGGAAUCUUCGGCUCCUCGAGCAACACGUCCAUUGAGUCAAGGUAAAUAAAUUUUACAUAAUAAACAACCCUGCAUAGAAGCCCAUAUUCAAUGGUAGUUGCUAGAUCAUUGCUCUCUUUACCACCUAACGAGUUGAAAUGUAAAAGAACGCCGUUCCAUAUAGAAGCCACCGCGCCAAAAUUCACAGUGGAAAAGUUAACAGAACCCAGCAUUAAUAAUGAGAACAACUGGACUCCAUUCCUAAUAUCUCUGCUAUCAUGGUUGAUACGGUUCCCACCGCUUCAGGAACUGUCUCUCAAUGACCGCAAGAUCAUCCUCAAAAAAUACUGGCAUUCAUUGUUUUGUUUUCAUUCCAUCUGCCAAUUUGACGAAUUUGUAAAACAAGGUUCGCUUUACGAUUGCAAAUUUUUCUGUUUCUAUGAUGAUUUUCAGGAAAAACAGACAUUAAAAUCCAAAGAAUUAUAUCUAUACUACGCCAACUAAAGUUAAACCCGAUAGAACAGUGGACAUUGAGUUGUAUAAUAAUGCUUAGAGCAGGUAAAACAGUAACGUUACGUUGAUUAUUAUUUCAGAUAUCCAUGGGCUGGAAAAUCCAACUCGAAUAUCUCACCUACAAGAGCAGAAUCUAUUGGCUUUCGCAGAGACCAUCUUCAGCUCAAAAGGAUCGAGUUCCAUUAAUCAUACCAAAUCCAGAUUUGCAAAGGCCCUAUUGUUAACACUUACAGUAUCGGAUAUAGAACCGCAUAUGGUCAUGUCUUCCUUCUUUCCUAACCAAACUCUCCAAAAUAUUCAAGAGAUCAUAAAAUCAAUAUGA